GCCUUGGCAAUUUGGAGAUUCCACUAUGGAGAUGGAAGAACAGACGACAGGCACAGGCCUCGUCUCAUCUCCCACUCCUUCUCCUUCUCCUCCCUCCUUCUUCCACUGUGACUACAGCGACUGGUCUCCUUCCUUCUCCAUUAUUCCAGCUGUUUACCUGUUGGCAUUUGUGGUUGGUUGCCUUGGCAACGGAUUAGUGCUUUGGGUGUACCUGGACCGGUCUGAGAGAAGAAGAACAAGGAGGGGUGACAAAAGUGGAGUUGGAAAGUUGUGUCGCAGAAGCACUGAGCAGAACAUUAACGGAGACGGGAAAGAUAAUAAGAAAAGCUGUGGACAAUCCUCUGAACCACACAGACCCUCCUCUCAUUCUUCCACCUCCUCACAUCCUCCAUAUCUCCCUCGUCCCUCUCGGUCACUAACAGACUCUUUAAUCGCCAGUUUGGCAUUAGCUGACCUCUGUUUCCUGGUGACCCUCCCUCUGUGGGCCGUCUACACAGGAAUGGGAUACCACUGGCCAUUUGGACAACCACUCUGCCAGAUUAGUAGCUUCCUCACUGCUCUCAACAUGUAUGCCAGUGUGUUCAGUCUGAGCAUGCUCAGUGUGGAAAGGUACUGGGUUCUGACAGGACGCCGACACUCUGGCCAUCAGGUCCAACAAAGCUGUCCCACCAGGGCUUUGUUAAUUCUAGGGGGAGUGUGGCUCCUUGCAGGUAUUCUUGCAUUUCCAGGUUUCCUGCUGCGCUCUGUCAGGGAGGUGGAGCUCGACCCAGGUCCAGAAAAUGAUUGGCAGGCUGAGUCAGUUCAUCCAACUGACUCUGGAUCAGUUUUCCUCUCCUGCCAGAUGGAUUACUCCAUACUGAUGGGUCCAGAGCUGGAGGAGACUGAGCGGGAGCAGGCAGAGAUGUGGUGGGCAGCAGCUCUGAGCCUGAAGUCAACACUGAUUGGCUUCAUUUUGCCUCUUGUCAUUUUGCUGGUCUGUUACUGUUCUUUGGCCCAGCUCCUCAGCAAACAUUUUGGACGGGGUCCUCGUCCUGACCGCAGGCGCCAGCAAAGGCUCCUCAGGGUCAUUGUUACUUUGGUGAUGGCAUUCUUCCUGUGCUGGCUGCCUCUGCAUGUAAAUAAGACGUUGUCUAUGUUAGUGGAGUUCGGGUUUAUCCCAUACUCCUGCUCUUUAGAUCAGAUGCUGCUUAGUGCUCACCCAUAUGUCACCUGUUUAGCUUACCUCAACUCCUGCCUUAACCCUCUGCUCUAUGCUGCCUGUGACCCAGCGUUUCGGAACAAAUGCAGAUCACUCCUCUUGUGCUGCGUUACCAGAACAAAAGCAGAGAAAGGGAAAGGUAAACAGGAUGAAAGAAAAGGAGGGAAAGAUGAAAGGAGCUCAGGUUUUCCCACAAGAACCCAGGAGGAAACAGCAGACAGGACAGAGGAGGAGAGGCUGGGAUAG